UCUGGACGGAGCACUCGAGCUCACUCCGGAGCUGUGCACACGGUGAACGCCCGACAUCCGACACUCCAGAGACCCACGCCGGGGCCGGGUCGAGGAUUCUCGCUGCGGAAACCGAAGGAUACUCGCUGAUCCACCGGCAACCACCACGGGGUAAUGUUUUGGAACACUUUCGUCGGUACCGCUACCCGACACAUCCCGACGACGAGGCUCCAGGGGCCAUCCGCGACCGGGUGUGCGCCGGUGAGUGAAAUGUAAAUACACGGCCCACCCGCCGAAAAGCCAUCAGCCCUUCGCUGCCCUCACGCAGAGCAAUGUGUGCCGUUUGUGUUGUUGAUAAGUGCCGUUGGUGGUGAAGGUAAAGUGAAGUGUAGAGUGCUAGUGUCCGGCUGGCCGGAAGGGGACACUGUUUGCCAAACAGGCUACGGUGCCAAACCAGUGAACCAGUUCGCGCAUCAGAACGCCCGGUCAGCAUCUUGCGUUUCGGCGUUUGACGGAGGCUUCCCGCAGGAGUUCCCGGUGAAACGCCGUUGGUCCUGAGCGACGGAAGAGUGAGGAGCGAGGGUCACCGCUGGCCACGGCACGCCUCGAAACGCCCCGCACCACGGCCCGCCGGGCGGCCACCGUAAUUGACUGUGCCCCGAGUGUCCCCAAAGCGCCGCCACAUUGGAAUACCAGGAGGAGGGUUGUGCGUGUUCGCACAACUCGGAACCACCACCACCAUCCUGCUUCAGAGUCAUGGUCACCAAAAUAUGGAGCAGCUGUAUGCCGAAACCGAGCAGCUCACCGAACCGCGUCGAACGGCACCACUUCUACUUGUGUCAGUGGCAAAGCAGCACGCAGGUUGGCAUAUGCUACCUGCUGUACCGGUUGAUAGUGGCCAUCGUGUUCCUGGCGAUGCUCGUCUGCUCGGUGCUGGACAUAGGCCGCUCCGAGCCGAUGUUCGAGCACCACUACGCCAAGUGGUGGAUCUACCUGACGCACUGGGCCCUGCUGGCGUGCACCGUCCAGGCGUGGCUUGCAGCCAUCAUCGUCACCAAGGGCCUCAUGAUCGACCGGAACGAGUUCGAAUGGAACAUCCACGUCGCGAGGGAAAGUCGGCUUCAUUCGGUCUACUGGAUAGCGUACACCAUCGCGACCGUCUACUCGUUCAUCGUCACCAUCGUCUACUGGACAUUCGUGUACGACCCAAGUAAAAACCGGAUCGACGCUGUAAACCUCAUGGUGCACGUGCUCAACUCCAUGAUUAUGCUAAUUGACCUGACCAUCGUUGGACACCCGAUCAAGCUGAACCACGCGUACUGGACGACCGGCAUCGGUGUGGCGUAUGCGCUCUUCUCCAUCGUCUACUACCUGGCGGGCGGCACAGAUCGCCACAAUGACUCCAGCAUCUACAAAAUGCUCGACUGGACCAAGCCAGGGAAAUCGAUCGUGAUCUGUGCGCUCGGCAUCUUCGCCGUGUUCCUGAUGCACUUCCUGUGCUACUCGCUCUACUGUCUGCGGGUGUGGCUGUACGCGCGCGUCUGCGUACAGGGCAACAACAGCAAGACGAGCAGCAACGAGAAGAUCACCUCCAUCACGAGGACACUGUCGUCGAUGGAGGAGGCGCAGCGCGAAAACUUCCUCAACCCAACGGCGGUGGUCGAUCUGAAGUGAACGGUGUCAGAGCGCUCCAUCCGCUACGGCGCUCCCUUCAAAAAUCUGCAGCCCUUUCGAAUCCCUCUAGAGUAUACACGUUUGCAAAGUUCGUAAUAGCGUCCGUUCGUAGAAGAAGGAGGUCCGUCGUACACCCGUGUGCGGGUGGUUUCCAGUUUUCGUCUCUCGUUCGCAUGGUACGGGUUGUCAUUAGCGCAUUCCUGCGUUGUCCUGCGCGCCGCAAUCGUCGCGUAAAACGUGAGAUCGGCCACCGUGUCGCAGGUCAAACCGAACAGUAUUCUGAAACCAUUCCACCACGCAGGUGUGGUAAGGUCCACCUAGCCGGUUUGUGCAUUAUAAUCCGAAUUCAAUAAACGAUAGCGCUCACCCGGCAAGAGGUACGUGUUUCGACUCGCACCUCUUCCUAUUUCCUAUUCAAACUUAGACACUUAGUUUUAGGUUCCUAAUUAGUUUAUGAACGUAGGCUUCGGCUCACACUAUGUUUACUACUUGAUCGGGCCCCGGGCGACUGGGGAGGUGUGCUUGCGUUUGUUUGCCACUCGUAUUUCAUUCAUAUCAUAUGCGAAGAAGUAAAAUGCUAUAAUGAACCGAAACCACACAACAAACAUAACAAGUAAACGAAUCAAAAGACCGCCAGAUUUGAACGGUCACUCACAAAAUGUUAGACAACUAGCGUAUAAAGUUACUAUUUGCUCACAAACGUUUUUUCGUCGGGAGGUCGAGUAAUUAAACCACAAACCCUGGUAAAACACACUGUUGGAUCUUAAGAAUGCGUCUUUAAAGUACAGUCGUUGAUUCUAGAACUAUAUUUGAACAGACAAUUAAAACCAAACCAAACCAACAAACAAACAAAAAUGAAACAAAAAAUCGUAGUAAAACAUUAGAUCGUUCGGUAAAGUCGCGGAUGGAGCGCGGUCACAAAGCUGGUAACAGGACUGGUAAAGAGAGUGGCGAGUGGAGAGAAAGCAACUGUGCUGCGCCAGAGUGAACAGAGGACAGAGCGGGUUUAUGCUUCGGAAAUAGUCUGCAACAACGGAAAACUGGUGAUAUUCGCAAAUAUUUAAACAAAAUUGUGGUCGGUGUUUGGUGAAACAUAAAAAAAACACACGAACACGGACACACACCAAACACGCUCUUAGGCGCCCCCGGUGUAGACUUUAGCAAAAAUGUAUCGUGCGCCGCAGAACUAGAGCAACUUGGUAGGUUUAAGUGAGGGCAAAACUGUAGCAGCAAAUUGACCAGGAGUUGUACAAUGUUUCUCAUCUGCUCUCACUCCGCUGAAUGUGUGGCCAACGGGGGUGUGAACGAGAAUUAAUGGGACAGUGUCACACAACAUGGCGAGCCGGGAUUGAAACAGACAAGCAAAAAGACCCGGGAGCAGGCGAACGCUGUGAAAGUGAGCACACGGAGAGCAAUAAAACCGGAGACAGAGAGAACGAGGGAAACAAUC